AUGAGAGUAGUCUUGUUUUAUUUGGUUUCACUAGUGAUUGGUGCUAUAUUGGGUAUUGAUUAUGGUCAACAAUUUACUAAAUCUGUUUUAUUAGCUCCAAAUAUUAAAUUUGAAAUGGUUUUAACUGAUGAAGGUAAACGUAAGGAUUUAUCUGGUAUUUGUAUAAAGCAAGAUGGUGAAGAUGUUGAAAGAAUAUUUGGUAGUCAUAUGUCUAAUUUAAUAACUAGAUUUCCAUCUCAAUCUAUUUUGGAUUUAAAAUUAUUAUUAGGUAAAUCAAUAGAUGAUAUUGAUCAUUAUCUUAAAUCACAUUUUAUUAAAUUAUCAAAUAAUUCAAGAAAUUCGAUUGAUGUUGAUUUAGGUUUAUCAAAUUAUACAUUUUCAGUUGAAGAAUUAUUUGCAAUGUAUUUAAAUGAUAUUAAAAAACGUGCUAUUAAAGAUUUAAAAAAUCAAAAAACUGCUCAAGUUUUAGAUACUGUAAUUUCAAUCCCUCCAUUUGCUUCUCAAGCUACUAGACAGGCUUAUUUAGAUUCAUUAUCGUUAGCAAAUUUAAAAGUUUUAGGUUUAGUAGAUGAAGGUACUGCUGUUGCAUUAAAUUUUGCAAGUAAAAAAGAAGUUGAAGAAGGUUAUCAUUUAAUUUAUGAUGUUGGUGCUGGUUAUACAACUGCUACUUUAUUUUCAAUUGGUCAAAAUUUAACUAUUGAAAGUAUUGGUUAUGAUGAAAAAUUUGGUGGUAGAUUUUUAACUGAACUGAUUUAUUCCAAAUUUAUACAAGAUUUUCCUGAAAAUGAUAAAAUAAAGGCAAGGAUUUGGGAAUUAUCAGAAAAGGCAAAGAUCAUUUUAUCUGCAAAUUCAGAAUUUAAAUCAAGUUUAGAAAUUGAUGAUAAAGAAUAUAAAUUUCAUAUUACAAGAGAUGAAUUUGAAGAAUUGAAUAGUGAUUUAAUGGAAAAUAUUGUUAAACCAAUUGAAAAUGCUUUAAGAGAUGCAAAUGUAAAUGCUGAAGAUGUAAACUCAGUUAUACUUAACGGAGGUUCAACAAGAGUUCCAUUUAUUCAAAAACAUGUUGCUAGUUUAAUGAAACUUUCAAAAUCAGUAAAUACAGAUGAAAGUUGUGCAUUAGGUACUACAUUGCAAGGAUUAAAAUUGAAAACGGGUUCAGAAAUAAUUGAAAGAAAUUUUCAUAAUUAUGAAUAUAAAAUUGAUGAUGAAAUAAUUGUUUUAUUUCCAAAAGGUUCAACUAAUAAAACUGCUAGUGUCAAUUUCACAUCUGAUUCAAUUUCAUUAUUACAAGAUGGUGAAUUAAUAAAGACUUAUAAAUUUAAUAAAGGUAAAUAUACUGGUGUUUUCACAAUUGAUGAUAAUAAAAUAUUUGAUGUUAAAAUAAAUACCACAACAAAAACAAUUUAUCCUCAUGUUCAACCAAUCAUAAAUAAAAAAGAAUUGAUUGAUAAAUUAUCGUGGUUAAAUAAACAAGAUGAUUUAAAAAUUGAAUUAACAGAAUUACAAAAUCAAUUAGAAUCAAGAAUUUAUUAUUUUAGAAAUUAUAUUGAAGAUAAUGAAGUUUUACUUUCUGAAGAGACUGACUUAACACCAUAUCAAGUAUUAAUUGAAGAACUUAUGGACUGGUUAGAUGAAAAUGAUGAUCUUGAAGAAACAAAGAAUAAAAUUAAACAGAUUUCAGAAUCUGAAUUAGAAUUGAAAAAAUUUAUACAUAUGAAAAAUACAGAUUUAUCAUUAGAAGGAAUGAAAAAAUUAUAUCAAGAUAGUUCAAAUUUGAUGAUUAAAAUUCAAUCAAGUAUGCUUGAAUUUGGUAAUAAAAUUUCUGAAAUUAGAAAAAAAUAUGAAGAUUCUGGAUUAAAUUUUGAUAAAGAAAAUGAUAAAUUGAAAUUAAAGUCAGAAGAUAGAUUAUUAACAUUUGAUAAAAAUUUAAAGAAUUAUAAAGAUAUAGUUACUCAAGUUGGUAAAUUAAUUGAAUCAGACGAUUUUGAUAAUUAUUCAAAGGUCGAAUUAUAUAAAUUUCAUGAUGAUUUAGCUAAAGGUAUUGCUGAAAUGUUCGUUGAUAUAAUUUCAAUUGAAAGUAGUCAUCAUCAAAGAGUUCAACAUUUUGAAGAUCAAUUUGUUAAACUAUUAGAAAGAGAAAAAAAAAAAGAAUAUAGAAGAAUAUUAAGAGAAGCUGAAAAGGAAAAGAAAAAGAAAGAACAAGAAGAAAAGGAAAAAGAAGAAAAAGAAGUUGAAGUUGAUGAAAAGAUUGAAGAACAAGUAACUGAAGAAACUUCUGAAAUUGAUUUUGAUAAUCAAACAAAAGAAGAAGUUUCUGAAGAAACUGAAACAGAACAAAAUUUAGAACACGAUGAGUUAUAG